AUGGAUAGAACCGUCCUGAGGAGGGUUGAAUGUUUAGACCAGAAGAUCGAUUGGGGCAAGUUGUCGGAAGUUCAAGCGGCAGCAUUUGACUCCUUUGCCAAUCAACAUGAGGAUGAAUGUCUUCAAGGCACCAGAACCGAGCUUCUUUUCCAGAUCACAGAAUGGGCGAAAUCGCCAGGAGGGAAACCUAUUUUCUGGCUGAAUGGUAGGGCUGGAACAGGAAAAUCAACUAUUGCCCGAACAGUGGCAAGAUUUUUCCAACAGGCGAAGGCUCUAGGCGCUAGCUUCUUUUUUAAAAGAGGUGAAGGAGACCGAGGAAACGCCAUAAAGCUUUUUCAAACAAUUACUCGGCAACUCGUGAUAUCUAUUCCUCAGUUGAUCCCAGCUAUCCAAAAAGCCAUCAACGAUGAACCUAAGAUUGCGAGCAAAUCACUCAAAGAGCAGUUCGAUAAACUGAUACUUCACCCAUUACUGAGUUUAAGAUUGGCCAGUCCUCAGACUCCAACUAUGGUGAUAGUAAUUGACGCGUUAGACGAAAGCGAACGGGAUGAGGAGAUGCGAAUCGUUGUCCAAUUAUUACCCCGUCUACGCGAAUCAAAGGCUGUCAGUCUCCGAGUCUUUCUAACGAGUAGGCCUGAAUGGCCCAUUCUUCAUGAAUUCUCAAAGAUCGCAAGUCAUGAGCAUGAAAAUCUGAUUCUUCAUGAGGUUCCUAAACCAGUCGUACAGCGUGACAUAUCCUUAUUCUUGGAAUCCCGACUAUCCGAUAUUCGUAAAUCUCGCUCUCUGCCUAGCGGUUGGCCUGGAGAUGCUGAUUUCCGCAGUCUUGUGACUUUAUCAGUUCCAUUAUUCAUUUUCGCCGCUACUGCCUGCCGUAUAUUUGAGGACCCUCAAUGGGACCCAAACGACAGUCUGGCAGAGAUCCUUGCACAGGAGAACGAUGGAUCUGAGUUCAAUGCGACAUAUUUCCCAGUGAUUAAUCGGCUUCUUCGAGGCCAAACCAAGAGGAAGGAGAGAAUACUAGUUGAUGAUUUUCAAGAAAUCGUUGGCACUAUCGUGAUGCUUGAGAGUCCACUCUCAGUGAUCUCUCUUUCACAGUUAAUUGGACUGCCUAAGGAACGUAUUGACCGAAGACUGGAAUUGCUACAUUCAGUGCUUAAUAUAUCAAAAGAUUCUACUCAGCCAGUGCGACUGUUCCAUCUAUCUUUCAGAGACUUUCUCCUUGAUCACGAGACCCGCGAGAAAACCCCCUUUGGGAUGGAUUCAAAUGAGAUGCACUAUAAGUUGACCGUGAAAUGCCUUUCUGUGUGUGAGAGUUUGCGAAAAAAUAUAUGUAUACUGCCAAGUGAUGGAACACAUCGUACAGAGAUUGAUCGUCGGAAAAUCGAUGACUAUCUUCCUGCUACAUUGCAGUACGCCUGCCAAUAUUGGGCUCAUCAUCUUGUUCAAUGCCGAAAUUUGAAUAAUGUGAUGCAUGAUGCAUUCUUGUUUCUUCAGACGCAUUUUUUGCACUGGGUAGAAGCAAUGAGUCUACUAGGCCUUACAUCAGAAAUGCUUGGUAUUCUUGACAGGCUCCGGACGGGCAUAUCGGCGAAUGAGUCUUCCACAAUGUUAGACUUCAUUCACGAUGCAAAGCGCUUCGUUCUGAAAAAUCGUCAGAUAGCUGACGAAGCACCACUUCAAAUUUAUUGCUCAGGGCUGGUAUUUGCACCUCGAACAUCAAUAAUCCGUCGAGAAUUCCAGUCUGAGCUUCCUAGUUGGAUACGCCAGUUUCCGCAAGUUGAUGAAGGAUGGAGUGCAGAAUUACAGACUCUCGAAGGCCAUUCCGCUUCGGUUUUGUCAGUGGCCUUCUCGCCCGACGGCCACGUACUAGCGUCUGCUUCUUUCGAUACGACCGUCCGGCUCUGGGACCCAGCCACAGGUGCCCUACAGCAGACUCUCGAGGGCCAUUCCGCUUCGGUAUGGUCAGUGGCCUUCUCGCCUAGUAGCCGUCUACUAGCGUCUGCUUCCUACGAUACAACCGUCCGGCUCUGGGACCCGGCUACGGGCGCUAUACAACAGAUCCUUAAAGGCCAUUCCGCAUCUGUUCAGUCAGUAGCCUUCUCGCCUAAUGGCCACCUACUAGCGUCUACUUCCCGGGAUAAAACUAUCCGGCUCUGGGACCCGGCUACGGGCGCUCUACAACAGACUCUCGAAGGCCAUUCUAGUUCAGUUUGGUCAGUAGCCUUUUCAUCUAAAAGCAACCUUAUUGCAUCUUCUUCACAGGAUAAGACUAUUCGGCUCUGGGACCUAGCCACAGGCGCCCUACAGCAGAUUCUUGAGGGCCACUCCGAUGAGAUUUGGUCAGUAGCCUUCUCACCUAACGGCCAUCUACUAGCGUCUGCUUCCCACGAUAAGACCGUCCGGCUCUGGGAUCUAGCCACAGGUACCUCGCAGCGGACUCUCGAUGGCGAUUCUGAUAGGGUUUUAUCAGUAGCUUUCUCACCUAGCGGACGCCUACUAGCGUCUUCUUCCGACGAUAAGACUAUUCGGCUCUGGGACCCAGCUACGGGCGCUCUACAGCAGACUCUAAAAGGCCAUUCUAUUUCGGUUCAUUCAGUGGCCUUCUCGUAUAGCGGCCACCUACUAGUAUCUGCUUCCUACGAUACGACCGUCCGGCUCUGGGAUCCGGCCACGGGUAUUCUACAGCAGACACCCGAAGGCCAUUCCGAUAGGGUUAGGUUAGUAGCCUUCUCGCCUAACGGCUAUCUUCUAGCGUCUGCUUCCCGGGAUAAGACCGUGCGGCUCUGGGACCCAGCCACGGGUACCCUACAGCAGACUCUCAAAGGCCAUUCCGGGUCGGUCCAGUCAGUAGCCUUCUCCUCUAACGGCUAUCUACUAGCGUCUGCUUCCCGGGAUACGACCGUACGGCUUUGGGACCUAACUAAAGGUACCCUACAGCGGACCCUAAAGGGCCAUUUUAGUUACGUUGAGUCGGUAGCCUUCUCGCCUAGCGGAAGCCUACUAGCGUCUGCUUCCGAUGAUAAGACUAUCCGGCUCUGGGACCCAGCUACGGGCGCUCUACAACAGACUCUCGAAGGCCAUUCCGCUUCAGUUCAGUCAGUAGCCUUCUCGCCUAACGGCCGUAUACUAGCGUCUGCUUCCCGGGACAAGACUAUCCGGCUCUGGGACCCUGCUAUAGGUACCCUACAACGGACCCUCGAGGGCCAUUCCGAUUGGGUUGAAUCAGUUGCCUUCUCGCCUACCGGCCGCCUACUAGCAUCUGCUUCCUACGACGAGACCGUCCGGCUCUGGGACCCGGCUAUAGGCAUCCUGCAGCAGACACUUGAGGGCAACGGAUUCAUUAAUUGCCUUGAAUUUGGUCAGGAUGAUUCAUAUCUAAUCACUAACCAAGGUUCUCUCAAUAUUGAACCGAGGCAUGACAGCCAAACUUCUAGUUCACAUUAUGGGAAUCCUCGGAUACUUAUAGAGGAGGGGCAGUGGAUAGUAUUGAAUGGCAGAAAAGUGCUAUGGCUUCCCUCUGAGUCUCGGCCUUCCUGUUUAGCGAUUCAUAGCAGUUUAGUAGCCCUAGGUCUUCCGUCAGGGCGGGUCUCUUUUAUUCAAUUUCACGUCUAA